AUGGAUCCGGAUCACGACAUACAGCGAGCAAUAGAAACACGGUCGAACAACUCCGAGUCCGACAAGAAGUCACAGGCGAGAGAUAUUCAACAAGCCGUUAGUUCUACGAUUUCAGACCGAGCCGAGCAGACAGUCCGAGAAUCAGGCCAAGAUCUCUCAUCGGAGAGCUUAGACCCAGCGGGGAAGCAUUAUCCAUUUCGCAUCUUGCAAACAAACAAGGAUGUCGAGCGUGUAGUCGUCGAGUGGUUCAUAGUAAACUCUAUCCCUCCUGCAUCCUAA